AUGACCAAAAAAAAAAAAAAAAGAAGAAACAAUGGGGGAAUCAAAAAGGGCUGUGGCCACCUGCAGCCCAUCCGCUGCACCAACUGCACCCGAUGUGUGCCCAAGGAUAAGGCUAUCAAGAAGUUUGUCAUUAGAAACAUUGUGGAGGCCGCAGCAGUGAGCGAUAUUUCCGAAGCCAGCGUUCUCGACAGCUGCAAGGACCGAACACCCCCACCGAGGUUCAGACCUGCGGGUUCUGCCCCAAGACCUCCACCGAAACCCAUGUAA